CUUCUGUGUGUCACGUGACUUUGUGUUGUGUUAUUUUCUUCGGGAGAUGUAAUCGACGCUAAGCUGGACAUGGCGAGAAACGAAGAGAAACAGCAGGGACGACUGAACAGACUUUGGCUGCAGAAGGAAAGACAUGAAGGGCGCCUUAACGAUGUCAAUGAGCGCCGGCCUAAACUGUCUUCUCUAAAUUCAGCCUCCUCUGUGAAAAAGUGGAUCCCCAGCAUCAACAAUGAAAUUGAGUAUUUUCUGCAGCAAUCCCAGCUGACUCAUUACCCAGAGAGGAAGAUCGAAGAGUUCCAGCUGCGCAUUGAAGCCUUACAACAGGAAUACAAACGCUUUAUUACCAAGCUACGCUCCCUGGACCCCUCCUGUAAGCAGAAACCUUGGACCCCCAGAGCCUACACUAAAAGGAGAGCUGACACCCAAAAUUCUCCAAGAGCAGGUAAAGUUGCUCGCCUCUGUGAACCAUGUGAUGCUCUUAAGCCACAGAGCCGAGACGGGAACAAGUCAGCCAGCAGUUUCUUAUCUGCUGAAGGAUCCCACAGCUUUUCUGAGAGCAGAUCACAAACACAAGCUCCCACCAGCCCUGUCUCACAAACCUCUGAGGUCGCCAGUUCAAUCCAAGACCAGCCCCUUACAUUUGACUGCAUUAGACUGGCGGUGGCUGCAGCUGCAUUUAGAGGACCAGCAGCUCAGCCGAGUUCUUCUCAAACACACAACCUCGCACAAUUGUUGCAAUCCGGCCUGCCAAACCUAAGCAGCACUUCUGGACAAAGCUUUUUAUUAAGUCCCGGAAACAAAGAAGACACACUAAGAACCACGCAGAAUUACGCUUUGGGAUACGGACGCACCCGGAAUACGGAGCUGGACGACGAAGCAGCAGAAGGAAAACUGGAGCAAGUAUCCAGCAGCACUAACAUGACAGAAAAAAGUAGUCAUGUUCUAGGACUGGACUGUUACUCUUCCUCUGAUGAAGACUAUAGCACAUAGUUGCAUCUCAAAAUAUGAAAACGGUUCAGUCUAAGUGGUUACUCAGCAAAGAUUUCCUGAUCCUUUAAAUGGGCUGUUUGUCUGGGUUAGUAGGUAUGCAGUCUUAUACCCCCCCUUAGACCAGCUCCGUAGCCUAGUGAUGGUGCCCACGCUGAGCCGGGGAGAUUGCGGGUUCAAAUCCACAGUUGGAUCAUACCACACUAAGAAUGGGAUCCACUUUAGAGACUGCAGCCCACUGGCCCCCCAGGAGAUUAGUCAAAGGCAGACAAGAAAUUUAACACACCCGUUAGUGUGACAACUUCAACCAUUAUGGGAAAGACUUGACAAUUCUCCAGAAGACAGUCACCCACACCUUUCUUCACGAGGAGGGCAAGCCACAAAAGGUUACCGUUAAACGAGGUGGUUCUUCACAGAGUGCUGCAUUCACCAGAAACAACAGCAACCGAUGGAGGGUUUUUAAGUUAAAUCAAUUGAAGAAUGUGGGGGAACAUCAGAGGAAGUGAGCUCUGAUUGGACUUGCAUCACUAGCCACUGCACACACGUUCAUACCAGACAUGGGCUUUAAAUGUCAUUUCUUGUGUCAAGCCAACCAGAGACAACUUCAAAAGUGUCUGACCUGAGUUCAGGAGAACAGGAGCUGUUGCUCUGUGGUUCAGAGCUCUCAAAAGAUGAAUGUAAAUGUUGCUGUUCAUUUCAUAUCUUGUGCCACUGUAUCUUCUAAAGUUCUGCAGGCGGAUCUGCUUCAUGCCACACUGCAUGAAGCACUGAACACUGAUUCUGAAUUCAUUCAAAUGAGCCCCAACUAAAUACCAAGUUCUGAGAAAAUAAAAAGCCUGAAGUCUGCACCAAAAACAUAUUUUUUUAUUGUUCUCGUUUGAUAUUCAAUUUUUCUAAGGGACUAAAUGUCAAGAUUUCUUUACAUUUAGCCAUAACCAACAUUUCCUUAAGAAAUAAAGCCUUUAAUUUUGGAA